AUGCUACAAGCUUACCUCCGUCUACUAUCACGACGACCAUUGAUCACGCAGAUGGUAUCUGCAGGUAAUUUACAUAUUCUUCAAAUUUCGCAGCAUAUUUCGAUCAAAAUAACAGCCUUUACCUUAUUUUAGGUAUCAUUGGAUGCGCAGGAGAUGGUAUAGCUCAAUUUGCAGUCGAGAAACGUUCCUUAAAACAAUAUGAUGUACAACGAGGUAUCCGAUUCUUCAUUAUGCCGUCUUGUUAUGUGGUAUGUUGUUAUUUAUUUGAGGUUUAUCUUGUUUUAGGCACCAAUUUUGAGUAGAUGGUUCCGAGUUCUGGAGAAAAUUGGCGGUAAAGGUGCCAUGUUCAAGCGAUUGGCUGUGGAUCAGGUAGAUUAAUGUUCUGUGAAGUUUAACGUCAAUUUUUAGCUUUGUUGGUCGCCGUGUUUUGGAUCUUCAAUUAUUUUUGUAUUGAACUUCAUGGAGACUUUUGAUUUUAAAAAGUCUUUCGAACAUACCAAGAGCAUUUGUUUUGAAGUUUACUUAAAGAGUUUACAGGUAUGUUAAUAAUGGUUGCAUGAAGACUUUGAACUUUUAUUUUAGUUUUGGCCAUUCUUUCAAAUAAUCAAUCUCAACUUGAUUCCAAUCAAUUUGCGGGUCAUUUUCGUACAAUUUGCUGCACUUAUUUGGAAUUCGUACUUGUCUUUCAAGACUCAGACGCCUGUUGGUGAAGAUUUCUUUUUAGAAUAG